UUUGCUGUUUACAGAUCCCACCGACUUGCGGCGUUUUUCAAAAGAUGUUGAUGCGAAUCUUCGUAGCUUCCCUAGUAUUUAUCUUCGCAAAUAGUAGUGCUUCUAAUUGGAGUUAUGAAGAAUCAACAGGGCCUGAACACUGGGGAGAAAUAGGCUACCCGAUAUGUUCGGGAGGAUAUAGACAAUCACCAAUCGACAUCCCGAAUGCAGUCAUCGCCCCAGCUCAGUCAAUGUUGCCAUUUGAGCUCACAUGUGACUGGAACUCGGGCCGUCCAUUGUCAAUAACCAAUAAUGGGCAUACAGUACAAGGGACACUUAACGGACAGUACAAUUCUAAAGGGGGACCGUUGCUGUCUACUGUCUUCUUAGCCGAACAGUUUCAUUUUCACUGGGGAAUGACAAACGAUGUAGGCUCCGAGCAUACCGUGCGUGGACAAGCCUACCCAGCAGAGAUGCACAUAGUACAUUACGACUCAACGCGGUUCAAUAACGUCUCCGAGGCAAUGAAUAGCAAUAUGGGCUUAGCUGUCUUUGGCUUCUUCAUUGGCAUUUCUCAGGACGAUAACACUGCCAUGCAAUCAAUAGUCCAGGGAAUCUCAGGCUUAGGAAUGGGCCAAACGAAAGACGUGCAGACCCCGUUCAAUCUCAGCAGUCUUCUACCGAUGCCACUUGGUAACUACUGGAAUUACAACGGUUCACUCACCACACCUCCUUGCUACGAAUCCGUAAUUUGGACUGUUUUCGAGACUCCGAUCACAAUUUCACAGACACAGAUGGAUAUGUUUCGACAACUUGGAGAUUCGACUUCGCAUCCAAUUAUCAACAACUUUCGACCAAUUAUGAACACAAAUCAGAGGCCUAUAAUUUAUAAUGUAUAAUGUAUUGACGAAUCUAAAAUAUUGUUUUAAGGUUUGCAUGGCGAAUGAAUGGUGAAUAUGAGUGAUCGAUACCCCCACGAGCAUAGUUCUGAAGACUGGUAACUGUUGAGAAUAUCUCAGUAUCUUAUUCUCAUCAUUUAUCCUGUUUGUUUUCUAUCAAAGUGAUGUAAUAUUAAUUUUCAGUAUAUUUUUUAGCUGACAACGCACAUUUAAACUCGCUCGUCAUUCAUGCUAUUAAUGUGCAAACAAUUAUUAUUAAUGCCAUUGAAUUCUUCCAUCGAAUCGUCCCAGAAAUUCAGUGAUGACUCGUUCACUACAUAAUUUCCACUUCCUAAAUUAUUUUAAGAACUUUGUGUCUAAAAUAAAUACUGUAGUAGUUCAUUCUAACGUAUUUUUCAUUGAAUAUAUUUUGUGUCAAUUAUUCUGAAUUUUUAGUCAGAUUAUGAAGAUAAUUCGUUAAUUAUAGAUUGUGAGGAAUUUCUUUUAAUAACCUUUAAGUAUUAAAACGAAAAAUAUGAAACAAAGAAUAUACAGAACUCACUGUACU